GUUAUUAUCCUUUUUUCUUCUACUUCUUCUUCUUCAUCACCCAAUCAAUUAAGAACAAAAAAAAGAAUCUUUCUCUAUCCAUCUAUCUCCCCCGAUAUCUUUUUUUUAUAUAGAAUUCAUUCUUAAUCUUGGAUCUAGCUGUACAUUGCACAUCUCCUUUGGCCUUAGCUUGUUAGUCAAAGCUCGAUCUGGUAGAUACCUGCUGCAGUCAUUUAAUUAUCGAAUUGGGCGGUGGAAAUGGCUAAUUCUGUUAUUAAUAGGUUUCUAUUAGUAAUUAUAAUUACUACUACCAUCUCCUCCUUGAUAAUGGUUGUAGAAGCUCAGUCGUCGUCGUCGUCCUUCAAAUGCGGUACUGCUGCCACUUGCGACGCUAUUAUAGACUAUGUCUCGCCCAAUACCACCACUCUCUCCGCCGUGAAAGCCCUCUUCAAUGUAAAGAACCUCCGAUCUAUCCUUGGCGUCAACAACCUCCCUCUUACCACUCCUCCCAACCAAACCCUUAACGCUAACCACACCCUGAAGAUUCCCUUCACCUGCUCUUGCGCCAACGGCACCGGCACUUCCAACAAGCGCCCCGUCUACACAGUCGUUCCCGGCGACGGCCUCUACCAUAUCGCGGCGGAGGUGUUCGGGAACCUGGUGACCGACCACCAAAUUCAAGCCGCCAAUAACAUAAAGGAUGCCAACUUGAUAUUUGUGGGGCAAAAACUGUGGAUCCCACUGCCGUGCAGCUGCGAUGAGGUGGAUGGACACAGGGUGCUUCACUACGGACAUGUGGUGUCGCCCGGAAGUUCCAUCGACGCAAUUGCAGCGCAGUACAACACCUCCCAGGAAACACUCCUCAAGCUCAAUGGAUUAACGAGUCCCAAGGAUCUCAUGGCUGGGGCGGUUCUUGACGUACCUCUUCCAACUUGUACGUCAAUGAUAAGCAACACUUCACUGGACUACCCACUGCUUGUUCCAAAUGGGACUUACGUGUUCACUGCUGCCAAUUGCGUCAUGUGCAAAUGUGAUGCUGCUAAUAACUGGAAUUUAGAAUGCGAACGCACAGAAAUAAAAUCGUCAGUUUGGGCAACAUGCCCGUCGACGCCAUGCCAGUUUGGUUCAGGGCAGGGUGGCGGUUGUGGCGUAACAGAGUGUGCCUAUGCUGGUUACACCAACCAAACCAUUCUCACCGCAUCCGCCCCCAACACCUCAACUUGCCCACCUGUAGCGAAUGGCGGUGCAAUAUUAAGGCAGCAAGCAUGGGGGUUGGACUUUCUUCUCAUUUCUUGCAUUGUUUUCAUCUCUACUUAUCUACCUUAAUCGUGUAAUCCAUCUCCCUAUACUGUACUAUCCCAUGCUUUUAAUAACCAUAUUUAGACACGUUUAAUUUAUCUAGCUUAGAUUAUUUAUCUUAACUUGGAAUUGAAGUUUAGUUUUAUUUUCU